AUGUCGUCGACUCAACAGCAGCCCUCGUCUACGCCCAAGCCGACUCUCCAGGGUGUUCGCAUACGAGCACGCAAGGGCGCCGUCAAGGCCCAGGCCAAACACGAGCCCACCGUCUUCCGCGACGCGCUCUACAAACAUCUCGAAUCCGUGCCCGAAGGCGACUUUGACGCAGUCUCCAACAAACUCAUCCAAGCUGGAUCCACUCUCGAGUUCUUGAAGUACUCCGAUGCACUCUUUGAUGUCCUGCUCGCUGGCGGCUUGCUCCAGCCCGGUGGCGCCUACCUCGACGCCGAUGGCCCGACGAGCCCCUUCUCUAUCACCCAGGCGGCUGAGCCGCCCACCGUCGACGAGAUGAAGAAAUACGUCGACGUCUUCAACAAGCUCAUUCGCCGGUACAAAUACCUGCAAAAGCCGCUUGAGGAAAACUCACUCCCGACGCUUCUCCAAUACGUCAACAAAUGGGCUCCGGCGCAGCGCGACAAGUUCGCGAUAGCGACCGGCCUGUUGAUCGGCCAAGGUCUCGCGACGGCCGCCUGCCUGCAGAGCCUUACUCGCGACCAUCUGGUCAAGGGCGAUGCAUCCAUCGGCGUAUUGACGACCAUCUUCCGCGCCUACCUUGCCGACUCCAGCAUCGACCAUCUUGCGGGUGCACUCCGCAAGGGCGGCAUCAAGGACUUGCUCGCGUUCUUCCCGCCCAACAAGCGCGAAACGUCCGUGCUCGACAAGCACUUCCGCGAGUCAGGCCUGCCUCAGGUUGCGGAGUGGUGGACCAAGCGCCAGAACGCCAUCAUCCGGGAUGAAGUCAUCAGGACGAUCAAGGAGUCUCUUGAUCAAGACGAAGUCAAGGACCAGGACGUCAUCGCGGCGGUCCGGUCGGUCAUCGAGGAGCGUCCGCUGCCAGAGUCGGAGCUCGUUGCGUGCAUGUGGCAGGGCCUCAUCUCGCACGUCGACUGGAGCGCUCGCCCCGACCAAAUUGAAAACCUUGCGCUGCGCGAAGUAUCGAAAUUCGCACCGAUUCUUGAGCCGUUCUGCACUGGCGCCAAGACUCAGGUGGCGCUCAUUAACACCGUUCAAGUGUAUUGUUACGAGGAUACGCGCAUAAUGAAGGCCUUCCCCCAGAUUUUGAAGGUUCUGUAUAACAAAGACUGUAUUUCUGACCAAGCGAUUAUCUAUUGGCACGGCAAGGGCUCGAAGCCGCAGGGUCGCCAGCACUUCCUCAAGGCGACCGAGGCGCUUGUCAAGUUCCUCAAGGAGACCGACAGUGACGAAGAAGAUGAUGAAUAG